UCUGCGCCGUACCGGAAGAAGCGCUGUAUGCGGGUACUUAUGCGUUGCCGUUGUCUGCCCCCAUGCUCGGGUACUUGGCAGCCGCUAUUCUGUGCACGGCAGCGGUGCUGCUCAUGCGCAUGGAUCCGGGCUCCUUUCCCAAGGUGCCCGGGCUCAGCUACCUCUUUCCGGAGCAGUGCGGGCUCUCCGGGGGGAAGCUGCUCAGUAAGGAAGAGCUGGCUCGUUACCGUGGGGGCCCCGGCAGCCCUGGCACGUACCUGGCGGUGCUAGGGCAGGUGUUUGAUGUGCGUAAGGGGGACACGCACUAUGGCCCUGGUGGCUCCUACAGCUUCUUUACAGGCAAAGAUGCGUCUCGUGCUUACGUUACUGGUGAUUUCUCAGAGAAGGGCCUUGUGGACGACGUGUCUGAAAUUUCCCCCUUACAAAUGCUUCACCUCAACAACUGGCUUUCUUUUUAUAAGAAGAAUUAUAACUUGAUUGGAAAAGUAGUAGGAAGAUACUAUGAUGAAAAUGGAAGCCCGACAAGAGCCCUAGAGGAUGCUAUGGCAGUUAUUGGUGAAGGAUUGAAGCUAAAAGAGCAACGACACGAGGAGAAUAAGCAGUUUCCACCUUGCAAUGUAGAGUGGACUGCUGGCAGCAACAGAGUCUGGUGUUCCAAACACAGUGGCGGCAUACAAAGGGACUGGGUUGGUGUUCCCAGGAAAAUGUACAUCGCUGGUGCUGACAGUUACCGCUGUGUGUGUGUGAGGGCAUCAGGACCCCCCUCUGAACACCCCGACUCUACAGAAUACAACAGAGGAGACCUGGACAACCCCUUACUGAAGGAAUACGAGGACUGUAAUCCACUUUUUGAAUGGUGUUUAGUCAAACAAUGAGAAGUGAUUAACUUUAUCUGAAGACGCCUUGUUCUUAUAAUUUAAACCCUGUGGGUUGAAGUUUUUCCUCAUCAUUUAUAUUAAAGCUCCUUGUCUUCCUUCAUAA